AUGAAAGGAGGCUUGCAUGGACUGAGGAAUAAACAUGUCUAUCUCAUCCUGAUUGCUCUUGCCUGUGCAACUGUGGUUGUGUGGCGUUUUGAAAUCCCCCUAUUUCUUACGUUCAUACUUCCGCCUCAGAGUCAUGUCUUGUGGUUGUCUCCAGAUGGAAAAAUAAAAGACAAACAAGUUUUAGAAGGAGAAAAUAGCCCAGAUCAAUCAGAAAAAGGUGUGGAUUUGGAAGUGCCAAUGAAUUCCUUAAACACAAAUUCUUCUGUGAGAAAUGAAGAGAAAAGAAGCUCAACAAAUAUUCUGGACAAAGAGCAGGAAAUCCCCCCUAAUGUUACAGAAGUCUCAGAUAUCAAACAAGUUUCAGAAGAAAAGAAUAGUUCAAAGCAUGGAGAAAAGAAUCUAAUAGCACAAAUGAGUUCUGUUAAAGGAGAAUACGAGAACAUUUUGGCGACUCGUGUGGAAAAUCAAGCCUGUAACUAUGCUAGAGGAAAAUGGGUCACAAAUGAUAGUUGGCCUUUGUAUUCUGGAUUUGGAUGCAAGCAAUGGCUGUCAUCAAUGUGGGCUUGCCGCCUGACACAGCGCAAGGAUUUUGAGUAUGAGAAAUUACGGUGGCAACCAAAAGAUUGUGAAAUGGAAGAUUUUACGGGCUCUAAGUUCCUGAGAAGGAUGCAGAAUAAAACUCUAGCUUUUAUCGGGGAUUCAUUGGGACGACAGCAGUUCCAGUCACUAAUGUGCAUGAUCACAAGUGGUGAAGAGAGGGCUGAUGUUCUGGAUGUUGGAAAGGAGUACGGUCUUGUCAAAGCUCGUGGUGCUGCACGCCCUGAUGGAUGGGCUUAUCGGUUCACGAGCACCAAUACUACCAUACUGUAUUAUUGGUCUGCGAGCCUCUGUGGCUUGGAGCCCCUUGAUAUGACUAACCCAACCACAGAUGUUGCCAUGCAUCUUGAUCGGCCACCAGCUUUUUUGCAUCAUUUCCUUCACAAAUUUGAUGUCCUUGUUCUCAAUACUGGACACCAUUGGAAUAGAGGGAAGCUCAAGGCUAACCGUUGGGUCAUGUAUGUUGGUGGUGUGCCUAAUACCAAUAGGAAAAUUGCAGAUAUCGCAGGCGCCAAAAACUUCACAGUUCACAGUAUCAUCGAGUGGGUAAACUCUCAGCUACCAAAAUAUCCGGGCUUGAAAGCAUUCUACCGAUCUAUUUCACCGAGACAUUUCUUUAAUGGAGAUUGGAACACUGGAGGUACCUGUGAUAAUACCACCCCGCUCUCUGGUGGGAAGGAAGUUUUACAGGACGAACCUAGUGAUCAUCUUGCUGCAGGGGCAGUGAAGGGAAAACAGGUUAAGCUCUUGGAUAUCACAGCUCUGUCUCUGCUGAGAGACGAGGGUCAUAAAUCUCGAUACAGCCUUAAAGCCACGCCAGGAGCACAUGAUUGUCUGCAUUGGUGCUUACCUGGUGUUCCAGAUACAUGGAACGAAAUUCUUUUUGCGCAGCUGUAGUCCAACAAAGCUGGC